AUGCUUGAUGCUGCAUGCGAUAGAUUAGCUGCUGCCUAUGCUCAGGCGCUGCUGCACGGAGACAAGCAGCAGCAGCAGCAGCAGCAGCAGCAACAGCAGCAGCAGCAGCAGCUGCUGCAGCAGCUGCUGCAGCAGCAGCAGGAGGAGAAGGAGCAGCAGCAACCUGCUGCAGCAUAUAAAACACUCAAAGCAGAGACAAACUCCGCCUCUGACGACAUCGCUCCAGCUGCAGCAGCAGAAACCCCAGCAGCAGCAGCAGCAGCAGCAGAAACCCCAGCAGCAGCAGCAGCAGCAGCAGCAGCAGAGCCUACAGCUGUCUCUGUUGCUGCUCUCCUAAGCCAACGCAGCUUCCUGCAGCGGCUGGCUGCAUGCGUUGAUUGGAGGCAUUUCGCUCCCCCUGCAGCAGCACCAGCAGAUGCUGCAGAUGCUGCUGCUGCUGCUGCUGCUGCUGCUGCUGCUGCUGCUGGCAGCAGCAGCAGCAGCAGCAGGACACCAGCAGCAGCAGCAGCAGCAGCAGGAGAUGAAGGAAAGAGAGAGGAGCAGCGGCUGCUGCUGCCUGCUGCUGCUCUCUGCCAGACAGACAGCACCACAGAAGCAGCAGAAGCGGAGACAGCACGGGAGUUUAUAUUCGAGCAGCAGCAGCUGCAGCAGCUGCAGCAGCAGCAGCAGCAGCAGCAGCGGCAGCAGCAGCGGUCGCAGUAUCCUCACGUAGGCGCGCUGCAGAGGCAAUACCCAGCAGCAGCAGCAGGAACAGCAGCAGCAGCAGCAGCAGCAGCAGCAGCAAAGAGUGAGCUUGAUGACUAUGGGGAUGCCUUUGUAUCUCCAACAGACACAGCAGCAGAGCUGCACGACAGCAGCAGCAGCAGCAGCAGCAGCAGCAGCAGCAACAGCAACAGCAUCAGGCUGCUGCGGGCCCUCGGCUCCCUUGAGCUCCCCUCCUUCUUGCUGCAGCAGCCGUCUUAUAGUGCUGGGGAUUCUGCUGCUGCUGGCCGCAGACGCAGCAGCAGCAGCGAAGACACAGCAGCAGCAGCAGCAGCAGCAGCAGCAGCAGCAGAUAGUGGGCGUGAUGGGGCAUCUGAGAGCAGCAGCCUUUCAGAAGGUCUGGGCUCAGCAGCAGCAGCAGCAGCAGCAGCAGCUGCUGCUGCUGCUGCUGCUGCACCACGCACCGCCUUCUGUCGCCCUUCGUGGCCUCUUCAGUACACCGACAGCAGCAGCAGCAGCAGCAGCAGCAGCAGCAGCAGCAGCAGCAGGCCCACGCUGCUGCAGUCUCUGUCUGAGCUGCGUGAGGAUUUUGGUGGGGACUUUAGGGGCCCCCAAGGAGACAGCAGGUGGGGCCCCCCUGUUAAGCGGGAAACAGCAGCAGCAGCAGCAGCAGCAGCAGCAACAGCAGCAGCAGCACCAGCAAAUACUGCUGCUGCUGCUGGUGGUGGUGGUCGUGUUGCUGCUGCUGCAUCGAGAGACAGGCGCAUGCUGAUGUUAGAGGAUGUGGGGGGUGAGGAGACAGCAAGUGCUGCAGCAGCAGCAGCAGCAGCAGGAGCAGCAGCAGCAACUCCUGCUGCUGCUGCUGCUGCUGCUGCUGCUGCACCAGGAGAAGGUCUUGCUGCUGAUGCUGCAACAAGAAGGGCUACGCUUGUCUCCUUUUUGCUGUCUCUGCUGCCGGAGAGCAGCAGCUACGGUGCUCUGGCUGGGGGCGUUGAUAUGUCUCCUGCUGCUGCUGCUGCUGCUGCUGCUGCUGCUGCGGGACCACCGCUGCAGGAUACAACAACAACAGCAGCAGCAGCAGCAGCAGCAGAUGAUAGCUGCCUAGACACCACAAAAGCACUGCUCAGCAGCCUUCAGGGUCACCUCCUUCGUUAUGAGUCUGAGGAGGUGCAUCAGCUGCAGCAGCAGCAGCAGCAGCAGCAACAGCAACAGCAGCAGCAGCAGCUGCUGCUGCUGCAGCAGGUGAAGCAGCAGCAUGAAGGAGGGAAACGCAGCAGAGGCGGGGGAGCGGCUGCUGCCAGCCGCAUAGGGACAGGUAUCCGAGGAGGUGCUGCUGCUGCUGCUGCUGCUGCUGCUGCUGCUGCUACGAAGCAGGAGCUGCUGCAGCACAGCGAUAUAGCAGCAGCAGCAGCAGCAGCAGCAGCAGCUGUGCGGCCUCCUGAUUCAGAACCACUACCCCGAGGGAGGGGUCGGCAGCAGCAGCAUCGUCAGCAGCCUUCAACAGCAGCAGCAGCAGCAGCAGCAGCAGCAGCAGCAGUAGCAGGUUUGGGGGAUACAGUUGAUGCAACAGCAGCAGCAGCAGCAGCAGCAGCAGCAGCAGGCAUUGACAGUGGUAAUCUCCGCAUCAGCAGCAACCCUCAUCAUCAUCAGCAGCAGCAGCAGCAGCAGGACAGCAGCAGCAACAGCAGCAGCAGCAGCAGCAGCAGCAGCAGCAUCAUUCCGUAUCACUAA